AUGACUUCCAUAACCGCGAGGGAGCUUCGACGGGAAGGUCACUCGGUGGUCGUGUUCGAGAGACAGAAACACGUCGGAGGAACAUGGAACUACACCGAUCACGUUGAACGUGAUCCGCUAAGCGUUGACCCGACCCGACCCAUAGUCUACUCGAGCGUCUACCGCUCCCUCCGGACUAACCUUCCACGAGAGUGCAUGGGAUUCACAGACUUCCCUUUCGUGAUUCGACCCGGAGAGUCAAGAGAUCCGAGGAGGUUUCCACGUCACGGUGAAGUUGUUGUGAUUAUUGGAAGCUCUUCAAGUGCUGUUGAUAUAAGCAGGGACGUUGCUGGAGUUGCCAAAGAGGUUCAUGUGGCUUCUUGGUCAAAUACAGCUGAUACAUUUAUCAAACAGAAUGGUCAUACUAAUCUGUGGAUGCAUUCAGUGAUUGAGCGUGUGCAGGAGGAUGGUUCAGUGGUUUUUCAGAACGGGAAAACGGUUUUAGCCGAUGUUAUUAUGCAUUGCACUGGGUAUAAGUAUCACUUCCCAUUUCUUGAAACCAGUGGAAGUGUUGCAGUAGAUGAUAACAGUGUUGGACCAUUGUACAAACACGUCUUCUCUCCAGCAUUUGCACCGUCGCUCUCCUUCAUCGGUAUAGCUUGGAAGGUUUUACCGUUCCAUUUGUUUGAGCUGCAAAGCAAGUGGAUUUCUGGUGUUUUAUCGGGUCGGAUCAUGCUUCCUUCAAAAGAAGAUAUGAUGGUGGAAAUCAAAACCUUUUAUGACACACUUGAAGCACAAGGGAUUCCUAAGCGAUAUACUCACUAUCUAGGCCUUUCACAAUUUGAGUACUUUGAUUGGUUGGCUUCGCAAUGUGGGUGCUCAGGAACUGAAAAAUGGAGGAAAGAGAUGUGUUUGACGAGUUUUAUGCGGGUGAUGAAGCAUCCGGAGACGUAUAGAGAUGAAUGGGAAGAUCAUCACUUGGUUUCUCAAGCUUAUCAAGAUUUUUUAAGUAUAGUACUCAUUAACAAAAUAUGAGAGAGAUCCUUAAUACACCCAAGGCUGGCUAUAACCUGUAACUUCCACCAUAUAUACAUUAGAACAUUUGAUAUACUAAAUAUUGGUAUAGAUAAUGAUAUAUUAGCAUUAUUCAUUA